CUAUCGGACUCCUCGCCUUGCUAUCUGUAUCUUCCCCCUUGCUAUCUGACUCCACCCCUUGCUAUCUGCAUCUUUCUCCCCCCUGCUAUCCUUUGUCUUUCCCUACUGUGUGACUGUCACUGGUAUGUGAUGCAUGGAAGGUCUUGGCUUGGAGUGUGUGAGACUCUCAAGCAGGACUUGGACUGCUGUAGGGUGGUAUCGUCACUGGUUUUCUGGAGGCUCAUUGUGUGUCGUCAGUCGUCUAUAAUGGCUUUCUUUGUGGCUGAGAACGACACAUGGAGCAUGGCAGUUCCUCCACAGCUUUGUGAACUCGCCGUAAAGAUUGAAAUGGAAGACACAAAAAAAGUCUGUUGCCUCCUUGACAUGACGAUGGUGAAAGAUCGUAAUGGCAGUGAGAUAGAAAACAGAGAGAAGAGGAGCAUCAGGCCCCAAGAGACCACGCCACUUACGUUCUCCAAACCAAAGUCAAAGAGGCGACAUCAUGACAACCAACGGAGUCGGGGUCUUCUGGGCAAGGAAGGUUUCAAAUUCCCACUGCUUGAGUAUACAGACCACAUGAAAGCCCAAAUGGAAGUGGAAACUCACUUUAGUAAACAUUUCACUUUCACAAAACCUUCAGAAAUGGAAGGAAAUGAUGCUUGGACACUUCCUGCAGUAGAAACUAUGUACACACAACCCUCUUGGCAGGAUGAAACGCUCCAGGCAAUGAAGAUAUCAUUAAACAAGACCAAAGAGCAGCUCAGUGACAAAGACAUAGAAGUGUGGCAUUCACACACUAACAACACAAACCCCACCCAGAAGGUCUCUUAUGCAAUUAGACGUCAUGCUCAGCCAGAAAUGGUUACUCAGGCUUGGUUGAAGUUUUACGAGAUAGUCAAUGCAUACCCCAUCAUCCCACCGGAUGCAGAGACUGGGUCACAAGAGGAUACUUCUGAUGCAGUACAGCAAGACCACAGUGCCACUUUGGAUGAAGAAGUCGUACAGUUCAACUCCGUGCACUUGUGUGAGGCACCAGGAGCCUUUAUUUUGGCGCUCAAUCACUACUUGGCAUUAAACAGAUCAUCCCUCAAGUGGCAGUGGUUGGGUAACACGCUGAACCCAUACUAUGAAGGUACGUCUCUUGACCAGUGCAUAGCAGAGGAUCGCUUUAUCUAUCUCACAUUGAAGAAAUGGUCAUUUGGCAAAGAUAACACGGGAGACCUGAUGGUGCGGGACAACCUGGACAGCAUUGUGCAGGAUGCUCAGUGUCUUGGGCCUGUUCACUUGGUUACUGCAGAUGGCAGUUUUGAUUGCCAGGCUAAUCCAGCUGAGCAAGAGAAGAUGACUCAUCCACUACAUUUAUGUGAAGUUGUCGGGGCAAUGUGUUUAUUGGCUCCGGGCGGCUCGCUGGUGGUUAAAAAAUUUACCUUGUUUGAAAGUGAAACGUUAUCUCUUGUAUACUUGUUAUGUUGUGUUUUUGAACGUGUUCACUUGUAUAAACCAGGGACUAGUAAGCAGGGCAACUCUGAGGUUUAUGCUAUUGCCAUAAAUUAUUGUGGCAAAGAUAAUUGUAGUGAGCACCUGAACAAACUGCUGGAGGUUUAUGGGCCAGAUAUUCGCCCAGAAUCAAUGUUUGCACAGGAGGAUAUACCAGAGGACUUCAUGCAGCAAAUGAGGCAGUGUGCCAACAUGUUCAUGUGUUUUCAGGUCAGUACCAUAGAGCGUAACUUGAUGUUAUUUCAGAGUAUGCCAGAGUGGGAAAAACAGUAUAAUGAACUGCUAAAAAAUAAAGCAACUGCCUUCUUUUUCGAACAAAAUUAUUGUGUGCCAAUACCAGUGGAUAAAACCAUUACUGAUGGUAAUGUCAAUAAGUCUCGACAUCUUUUGGACAGUGAUUGGAACAAAACUGGGAGUGCAAUGCUUAUGAGAAGUAAUUGUGUGCUGUCAAAGCUGGAAAUACUAAAGCAAUUUAUAGAUUGUUAUAUAAAGGAUUACUCAAAUUUGAGACCAGGUCAUGAUAUAAAAGGAAAUAAAAUUGUGCAAGCAUCUGCAAGUUUUUCAUCACAACACCUGGAGAAGAUAGAGUUUGAAAGAAUAAGAGGAAAGCCUUUCCAUUAUAUCGAUUCCUCCAAAUUUUGUUCAGAAAGAGUAAUCAGGAUAUACAGGGAGCUUCACCGUGCAUGGGAGAAAUUGUGCAGUGGUGGCAAGAUCGUGUGCGACGAUAGCCUUUUGGAUUCGGUCCUCUGUCAGUGCCCGGGAGCCCAGGUGUUAAGGGGUGAGGCUAUUCCUGGCCCUCAUUCAGGUUGUAGAGCACUGGAGCAAGCUUUAGUGUUGUUGGAGAAGGGAGAUGUUUCUGUUGGUGGGUCUAUUGUGCUUCUCGAUGUCCCUCUCCUCUCUCGGCUUCAGUACGGUUUACUUCUCGUGUUGGGGUCUGCCUUCAAACAAGUGCAAAUUUAUACUAGCCAGGAAGUUGGCAAGCAGUUGCCAGUACUUGUGCUAGAUGGCUUACAGUCAUUAAGUUGUGGGGAGGCUGUAGUACAUGCGCUUCAUCAUGCUGGCUGGAGUCCUGAUGGUGGCUCUGGAGGAGCACAGGGCUUCCUACAAAUAGUUGCUUUACCUAGUCUCAUGGUAAAUGAACAACUCCAAGCUAUGUUUCACUACAAUAUUCAUCAUAGUAUACAUCUCGCCUUGGCUUUUUAUAAAAAUGCCACAAUGCAGUGCUAAGGAUGCAUUUUGAACAAGGAUUAUAAUUUUCUUCUACACAGGGUAAAAAAAAAAAUGGCUAAUGAAUGUGAUUAUACAGUAUUACUGUACAGUACUUUGGUAACGGUUAUAUUUGGUGAGUUGGUAAUCAUUUUAAAUAAACUUUAAAGCUGUUACGAAAAAGGUAUUUUCUUUAGGAGUUUCUGUAGUUACAGUCGGUGGAAAAAUCUUAGGUUUGCUAGAUAAAACACUGCAUAAUAGUCGACUUGCAACAGAUUGGUCCCGAGCACGACACCUUGGCAGGAGAAAGCAUUUGGGCAUGUUUUCAUACAUCCAAUGCUUGUGGUAAGUUAGUGGUAAAUGUGUACCAGAGUAGAUAUACUGUUGAGUUGCAUCCUGAGAGAUAGUCAGUCAUUCUCCAUGGGGCCUCAGUAGCCUAAUAGACUUCAGGUUUCUGUCCCUGAUAAUGGAGGGGGACAAGCCAAAUUAUAUCGUGCUUCUGUCUUGCAUUACUGUAAAGUAUUUAUUUUUCUUUAUCUGUAAUUUGCUUGGUAUCAUUGUAUAAAUGCUAAAAGCAGGUAAUUGUUAUUAUUUUGAUUGUCUUUCACUGUGAUGGUAGUAGAGUAACAAAUAUACAUGUACAAAUCCUCUCAAA